AUUAACAAGCAGCCAACUGAGUCGGUACAGAAAUCAUAAUAAAAUGAGAAAAAGAAUUAAGCAAAUAAGACAACUAUGCUUUUCUGUUUUUUUUCCCUUUUUCUCAUGGCUGUAGCAGUUAGCUGUCCAUCUAUAUUAGCCAUACCAUAUCUGCAAAUCUUUACGUAUUUUUCUGUGGCGAUUACCAUUUCUUUCCUCUCCACCAAAUAAAUAAAUAAAGCAGCAGCAGCAGCAUGUGAACCUCAGCACGACCAAACUUUCUUCAUUAUUCUAUUCGGCCCCCUUCUGCCCAUCGGUCUUUUGCGUUUCGUCAGCUUUUUGUUUUUUGGUGUCGUUUUUUCAGUUUCCAAAGCCAGGAUCUGCGUUCUUGAAUAUUUUGCUGCUUUACGACGUCUAUCUGGUACGUGUACUCGGCUUAUUGGAAGCUCGAAGGCAAGUAUUUUGCCGGAGGAUAAGCGGUGUGUCUCCGGUGGUGAAGUUAUACUAAAUGCUUCUUCUUCAAGCUUUUGCAUGAGAGCUAGAGCAAUUAAGGAGAUUGAUAGGAAUCCAAGAUUGGUUUUCACUUCAAGUUUGUAAAAAUGGCUUCUCCACCAUGGAUAACCUCUCUUUCUUGCUCAAGCUCUGUGAUUCAAUCUGAUGGAGACACAUCUUUUCCUUUGCUAUUUCAAUGGCUAAGAUUCGUUUUCCUCUCUCCUUGUCCUCAAAGAGCUCUACUAUCUUCUGUUGAUCUCUUGUUCCUGCUUGUCCUCUUGGUUUUUGUGCUUCAAAAGCUCUUUUCUAGAUUCAGUUCUAGUGGUCAUUCCAAAUCUGACAUCGACAAGCCACUCAUUGGAAACAGCAGAGUUCUUAUUAGGACUACUAUCUGGUUUAAGCUCAGUUUGAUUGUAACAGUUUUCUUGACAUUUGGUUACACUGCUGUAAGCAUUCUAGCAUUCAUCAGUGAAAGCACAGAAUUGCCAUGGAAGAUAGUUGACGGGUCCUUUUGGUUAGUUCAAGCAAUAACUCAUGCAGUGAUUUCAAUCUUGAUCAUUCAUGAGAAGAGAUUUGAAGCUGUUACUCAUCCGCUUUCUCUUCGAAUUUAUUGGGUUGCUAAUUUCAUCGUUAUUACUUUAUUUAUGUCAUCUGGAAUAAUUCGUUUGGUUGCACAACAGAAAAUUAUGGUAUUGGAUGAUAUAAUCUCUAUAGUUUCUUUUCCUUUAUCCAUUGUUCUUCUUUCUGUUGCCAUAAGAGGAUCAACUGGGAUUACAGUAACUAGAGAAUCUGAACCUGUAAUAGACGAUGAAACUAAAUUACAUGAUUCUGAUUCUCUGAGCAAAGGUAACGUGAGCGGCUUCGCUUCAGCUUCUAGAGUAUCUAAGGCCUUUUGGCUUUGGAUGAAUCCUCUACUGAGUAAAGGCUAUAAAUCUCCUCUCAAAAUUGAUGAAGUUCCAACUCUCUCACCAGAGCAUAGAGCCGAACGAAUGUCUCAACUCUUUGCUGCAAAAUGGCCUAAACCGCAUGAAAAGUCUAAGCACCCUGUUAGGACCACCUUGCUUAGGUGCUUUUGGAAGGAAAUUGCCUUCACUGCCUUCCUCGCAAUCAUGCGGCUCUGUGUCAUGUAUGUUGGGCCACUUCUCAUCCAAAGUUUUGUAGAUUACACGUCUGGGAAAAGAACCUCUCCUUAUGAAGGAUACUACCUUGUUCUUAUUCUCCUUGUUGCGAAAUUUUUUGAGGUUUUGAUAGUUCACCAAUUUAACUUCAAUUCUCAGAAACUUGGAAUGCUUAUCCGGUCUACACUCAUCACUUCUUUAUACAGGAAAGGGUUGAGAUUAUCCUGUUCUGCUCGUCAAUCUCAUGGAGUCGGACAGAUUGUGAAUUACAUGGCUGUUGAUGCCCAACAACUCUCUGACAUGAUGUUACAACUACAUGCUAUAUGGCUGAUGCCAUUGCAAGUUACUGUUGCUUUAGUGCUCUUGUACAAUGCCCUUGGUGUGUCGGUGAUUGCAGCAUUAAUUGGAAUUGCUUGUGUUAUGGUGUUCGCCCUGUAUGGCACACGAAGAAACAACAGGUUCCAGAAAAAUCUGAUGAUGAAUCGUGAUUCGAGGAUGAAAGCAACAAAUGAAAUGCUUAAUUACAUGCGCGUGAUUAAGUUCCAGGCAUGGGAAGAACACUUCAACAAGAGAAUACAAAACUUUCGCGAAUCAGAAUUUGAAUGGCUUUCCAAGUUUAUGUACUCAGUUUCUGGCAACAUUAUUGUGAUGUGGUGCACUCCAUUACUCAUAUCGACCGUCACAUUUGGCACCGCACUUUUGUUUGGUGUGCCCCUUGAUGCAGGGACAGUAUUUACAACAACGUCCAUCUUUAAAAUCUUGCAGGAUCCUAUCAGGAGUUUCCCACAAUCUAUGAUAUCAUUUUCUCAGGCAAUGAUAUCUCUUGAGAGAUUGGACCGUUACAUGUUGAGCAAGGAAUUGGUGGAGCAGUCGGUGGAAAGAGUGGAUGGUUGUGAUGGCAGAAUUGCGGUGGAGAUUAAGGAUGGGUCAUUUAGUUGGGAUGAUGAAAGUGAAGAUGAGGUUCUGAAAAAUAUAAACUUCGAAAUCAAGAAAGGGGAACUUACGGCUAUUGUUGGGACUGUGGGGUCAGGGAAGUCUUCUUUGCUUGCCUCAGUUCUUGGUGAGAUGCACAAAAUAUCAGGAAAGGUCAGGGUUUGUGGAACAACUGCCUAUGUCGCACAAACAUCAUGGAUUCAAAACGGAACCAUUCAAGAGAACAUUCUAUUUGGUUUGCCAAUGGAUAGGGAAAAGUAUAAUGAAGUUAUCAGGGUAUGUUGCUUGGAGAAAGACUUAGAAAUGAUGGAUUAUGGAGAUCAGACUGAGAUUGGAGAGCGUGGCAUCAACCUCAGUGGUGGCCAGAAGCAGCGGAUACAGCUUGCCAGGGCAGUUUAUCAGGAUUGUGAUAUCUAUCUUCUUGAUGAUGUUUUUAGUGCUGUUGAUGCGCAUACUGGAUCUGAUAUAUUUAAGGAAUGUGUGCGGGGAGCACUCAAGGGCAAAACCAUCUUACUUGUAACACACCAAGUUGACUUCUUGCAUAACAUCGAUCUUAUCAUGGUCAUGCGUGAUGGAAUGAUAGUGCAGUCAGGAAAGUACAAUAAUCUAGUGAAGUCUGGCAUGGAUUUUGGAGCACUGGUGGCUGCCCAUGACACUGCUAUGGAACUUGUGGAAGCUGGUACCGCUGUGCCUGGGGAAAAUUCUCCCAGGCCACCAAAGUCUCCUCAAUCCUCCUCAAAUGCUCUAGAAGCCAAUGGUGAAAACAAACAUUUAGAUCAACCAAAGUCGGAGAAAGGAACUUCCAAGCUCGUUGAAGAAGAGGAAAGGGAAACUGGUAAAGUGGGCUUACAUGUGUACAAGCAAUACUGCACCGCAGCUUUUGGAUGGUGGGGGGUUACAGUAGCAUUGUUAUUAUCCAUAGUAUGGCAAGCAUCUCUAAUGGCUGCUGAUUACUGGUUGGCAUAUGAAACCUCAGAAGAACGGGCUUCCAUCUUCGACCCUUCUUUAUUCAUUUCUGUCUAUGCAGUGAUUACUGCUGCUUCUCUAGUGCUGUUAACUAUGAGAGCCCUUUUCGUUAAUCUUAUGGGGCUUAAAACAGCCCAAAUUUUCUUUAUGGGUAUUCUUCAUAGCAUCUUGCAUGCACCUAUGUCCUUUUUUGAUACCACGCCUUCAGGAAGAAUAUUAAGCCGAGCAUCAGCUGACCAAUCCAAUGUUGAUCUUUUUAUUCCCUUCGUUUUGGGCCUUACAGUUGCCAUGUAUAUCACGCUGCUCAGUAUCAUCAUUAUUACAUGUCAAUAUGCUUGGCCAACAGUGUUCUUAUUAGUUCCGCUUGGUUGGCUGAACAUCUGGUACAGGGGCUACUUUCUUUCAACAUCUCGAGAAUUAACUCGUCUUGACUCAAUUACAAAAGCUCCAAUUAUUCAUCACUUCUCGGAAAGCAUAUCAGGAGUUCUGACAAUUCGGUCUUUCAGAAAGCUGGAGAGGUUCUCUCAGGAAAAUGUUAACCGAGUCGAUGCCAACUUGCGCAUGGAUUUUCACAACAAUGGAUCAAAUGAGUGGUUAGGAUUCCGUUUGGAACUGAUGGGAAGCUUCAUCCUCUGCAUGUCUGCGAUGUUUUUGAUUGUGUUACCUAGCAGUAUUAUAAGGCCAGAGAAUGUUGGUUUAUCUCUCUCUUAUGGAUUGUCGCUCAAUGGUGUGCUAUUCUGGGCUAUAUAUAUGAGUUGCUUUGUGGAAAAUAGGAUGGUAUCUGUCGAGAGAAUUAAGCAGUUCACAAAUAUCCCAUCUGAGGCAGCAUGGGAGAUAAAAGACCGGAUUCCUCCUCCAAGCUGGCCUGCCCAGGGCAAUGUCGAUCUCAAAGAUUUGCAGGUUAAAUAUCGUCCAAACACUCCACUAGUGCUCAAAGGAAUUACUCUCAGCAUUUAUGGUGGAGAGAAGAUUGGUGUUGUCGGACGGACAGGAAGUGGAAAGUCCACUUUAAUACAAGUUUUCUUUAGGCUGGUGGAGCCAACAGGAGGGAAAAUAAUUAUCGAUGGCAUAGACAUUUGUAUGCUGGGACUUCAGGAUCUUAGGUCUCGCUUUGGGAUAAUUCCCCAAGAACCUGUCCUUUUUGAAGGAACAGUGAGAAGCAACAUUGACCCCAUUGGACAGUAUACAGAUGAGCAAAUAUGGAAGAGUCUCGAACGAUGCCAACUGAAGGAUGUAGUGGCUGCAAAACCUGAAAAACUCGAUGCUCUUGUGGCCGACAAUGGUGACAACUGGAGUGUGGGUCAAAGACAACUUCUCUGUUUGGGGAGAGUAAUGCUAAAGCGCAGUCGCUUGUUAUUUAUGGAUGAGGCGACAGCUUCAGUCGAUUCACAAACUGAUGGGGUAAUUCAGAAGAUCAUCCGAGAGGACUUUGCAGCUUGUACAAUUAUCAGCAUUGCUCACAGAAUACCCACAGUCAUGGACUGUGAUAGGGUUUUAGUUAUAGAUGCAGGGAAGGCAAAAGAAUUUGAUAAACCAUCCCGUUUACUUGAGAGGCCAUCACUCUUUGCAGCACUGGUUCAAGAAUAUGCCAACCGUUCAGCUGGAUUAUAAUGAGAGAAACCAUUAUGCUCAUGAAUUAGCUUGCAGAAGAUAUGGGUCCGCCAAUUUUGGAAAGAGACUUCUCAUUUAUUUAACCUUAAAAAGGAGUGGAGUCUCUUUUUAAUGUAUCCCAAUUGGUAUCUUUUCCAAUAGUCAAAAAUUGAAUAUGCAGAGAUCAAAACAAAGAAAACAUUGUUGCUACUGUUACUGAAAGUGCAGAUAGUAAAAAAUUAGCUGAUCUGAUAUGAUUUCUGUGAGCAAUUGAUUAUAAUACAAUUAGCAGCUAAAUUUACUGUAGUGGACGACAGAUCCUUUUCUC